AUGACAGAUCCCGAGAGAGGGGCGACUCCUGUUGGGGAUGAGAAGGUCAUGUCACAACAUAAAGAGCAUAUGAUGGGGGAAGUUGCCCAUGAAGCGGCCGAGAGGGGCCACCUCGCGACAGAUGAAUAUGGUCAACCCCUGGUUGAGUUCGAUAAGGUAGCAGAGUCCAAAUUGCGACUCAAGAUCGACCUUUACAUUGUUCCAACCGUCGCCGUGAUGUAUUUGUUCUGUUUCAUCGAUCGUGCCAAUAUAGGAAAUGCCAAGCUUGCGGGCUUCAACAAAGAUCUGGGACUUGUCAAUUAUGAUUAUAAUGCUGUGCUCUCCGUUUUCUUCAUCUCCUAUAUCAUCUUUGAGAUCCCUUCGAAUAUCAUGUGCAAGUGGGUAGGACCUGGUUGGUGGCUUCCGGGGAUUACACUCGGAUUUGGGAUUUGCUCGGUCGCCACAGCUUUCGUUCAUGAUAUCCAUAGUGCAUCUGGCGUGCGCUUCCUGCUUGGGAUGUUUGAAGCAGGAUUGUUACCUGGAAUCGCGUACUAUCUUUCGCGUUGGUAUCGACGUAGUGAGCUUGCCUUCCGUCUGUCGCUGUACAUUGUCAUGGCCCCCCUCGCUGGAGCAUUCGGAGGUCUGCUAGCUUCGGGUAUCCUCAAGCUCGAUCACUUUGGAGGUUUGCGCACAUGGCGUAUGAUCUUUGCGAUCGAGGGUAUUGUCACGAUUGGCAUUGGCAUGAUCGCAUUCUUUACAUUGACCGACCGACCGGAGACGGCCAGGUGGCUCACCCAGGAGGAGAAGGACCUCGCCGUUGCCCGAGUCAAGUCUGAGCGUGUAGGCACCACUGAGGUUCUUGACAAGUUGGACAUGACCAAGACUCUGCGCGGAAUCUUCAGCCCAGUGACCAUCACCACUUCAUUCGUGUUCCUGUUGAACAACAUUACCGUGCAAGGCCUUGGCUUCUUUGCGCCCACUAUUGUCCAAACCAUUUAUCCCAACGCCAGUGUGAUCUCUCAGCAACUGCACACCGUCCCCCCAUAUGUGGUCGGGGGUUUCUUCACCCUCUUGUUCCCCUAUCUCAGCUGGCGAUUUGAUAAUCGCAUGGUCUUCUUCGUUGUCAGCCCCCCGCUGAUGAUCACUGGUAAGUUUCUUAGCCCUCAAUCUGUGGAUUUGGGAAUAUUUCACCAGGCCUGCUUCAUAUCAUGUGCUAACGACAGGCUGACACAGGGUAUAUCAUGUUCCUCGCUAGCGAGAAUAGUAUGGUACGAUAUGGGGCCACCUUCAUAA